GGAGCCGAUCAGCUGACCAAAGAUCUGCUGUCGCUUUUCAGCAAAGUGCCAGAGAGCUUCAAGAAGCAGUAUCAGGAAGCGAGCGCGGACAUGGUGAAAUCCACGCAAGAUCUCUUCUAUUCCCUGCUAGGCAACAUUGUGAAUAAUGUCAGCUCUCUUAUCUUCGGAGUUCUUCUCACCAUGCUGUACACCCUCUUUUGGCUAUGCAGCCCAGUUCCAAUGGACUCUUCGGUUGAUGUCAUGUUCCGGAAGUACAUCAUGUUCAAAACCUUAGCCUGUUUUGGCUAUGGAAUCUCUGCUGGUUUGCUUCUCUACUUCCUCUCCAUCGAUUUAGCAUCGGUCUUUGCUCUCACGACCUUUGCUCUGAACUUCGUACCGGAGGUGGGUCCCUUCAUUGCCAUGGUCCUGCCUUGCCCGGUGAUCCUCUUCGAUAGUCGAUUGGAGAGACCAAUGCUAACCCUGCUGACUGCGAUCAUCGGACAGUUGGCCUUGAAGUUUUCCUUCAGCAACGUCAUCGAGGCCGUUUUGAUUCAUUGGACUGCUGAUUAUGCUGAUUGCUGUGCUUGGCAAAUGGAGGUGAAGUUGAUUGAGAGUGAUAAGAAGCUUCGGAUGCAUCCUGUGAUGAUCUUGCUGUCCGUGGGCAUCUUCGGAUAUUUGUGGGGCCCCACUGGGAUGCUGCUUAGUGUGCCCUUGAUGGCUUUGAUGAAGAUCGCGCUUUUCUCUGAGCUGGUGCCGUCCAGCUACCGCGAUCCCAUCUUGGUGAUCUUGGAAGGUGAUCGUAGUGCCCCUCAGAAGCACGGCCUGAAGGCAGGCACACGGUGA